GGCCGCCAUCUUUGGUCCAUUUCAGCGGCGGCGGCGGCGGCUGGAGGGGGGAGCAGGAGCCAUGGACGAGGAAUACGAUGUGAUCGUGCUGGGCACCGGCCUCACGGAAUGCAUUCUCUCGGGCAUCAUGUCUGUGAACGGGAAGAAGGUGCUCCACAUGGACCGGAACCCAUACUAUGGGGGCGAGAGCUCCUCCAUCACGCCCCUGGAAGAGCUGUAUAAGAGGUUCGAACUCCCAGAGGGUCCCCCCGAGAGCAUGGGCCGGGGCCGAGACUGGAACGUGGACCUGAUUCCCAAGUUCCUAAUGGCCAAUGGUCAGCUGGUCAAGAUGCUCCUGUACACGGAGGUGACGCGCUACCUGGACUUUAAGGUGGUGGAAGGCAGCUUUGUCUACAAGGGUGGCAAGAUCUACAAAGUGCCGUCCACAGAGACCGAGGCCCUGGCCUCCAACCUAAUGGGCAUGUUUGAGAAGCGCCGCUUCCGCAAGUUCCUGGUGUUCGUGGCGAACUUUGACGAGAACGACCCCAAGACCUUCGAGGGGGUCGAGCCCCAGAGCACGACCAUGCGGGAUGUCUACAAGAAGUUCGACUUGGGCCAAGAUGUCAUUGACUUCACCGGCCACGCCCUGGCCCUGUACCGCACGGAUGAUUAUCUGGAUCAGCCCUGUCUGGAGACCAUCAACCGCAUCAAGCUGUACAGCGAAUCUCUGGCUCGAUACGGCAAGAGUCCGUACCUCUACCCUCUCUAUGGCCUGGGGGAGCUGCCCCAAGGCUUUGCCAGGCUGAGUGCAAUCUACGGGGGGACCUACAUGUUGAACAAGCCCGUGGAUGACAUCGUGAUGGAGAACGGCAAGGUGGUGGGGGUGAAAUCAGAAGGAGAGGUGGCCCGUUGCAAGCAGCUGAUCUGCGACCCCAGCUACGUGCCAGAUCGUGUGCGUAAGGCGGGCCAGGUGAUCCGCGUCAUCUGCAUCUUGAGCCAUCCCAUCAAGAACACUAACGACGCCAAUUCCUGCCAAAUCAUCAUCCCUCAGAACCAGGUCAACAGGAAGUCAGACAUCUACGUUUGCAUGAUUUCCUACGCCCACAACGUGGCUGCCCAGGGCAAGUACAUUGCCAUCGUCAGCACCACGGUGGAGACAGCUGAGCCCGAAAAGGAGAUCGAGCCGGCGCUGGAGCUGCUGGAGCCCAUCGACCAGAAGUUUGUGGCAAUCAGUGACCUGUUCGAGCCGACAGAAGAUGGAUCCGAGAGCCAGGUGUUCUGCUCCUGCUCCUAUGAUGCCACCACCCACUUUGAGACAACCUGCAAUGACAUCAAGGAUAUCUACAAGCGGAUGGCCGGGACAGACUUCGACUUUGAGAACAUGAAGCGCAAACAGAACGAUGUCUUUGGGGAAGACGAGCAGUGAUGGCGGGUGGCUUGGCCGCUCCACCCUCCCCCCACCCAGCACCCCACUCCCAGCUCCCUCUCGUCUUCUGUUUCAGUCUUUCUCAGAACUCCCCGGGCCCUUGCCUGGCCCUCUCCUCUCUCCGUCACUCUCACUUUUCCAAUUGGAUGUAGCGGAAGGAGAGAAGGUGGCCUGUAUUCAUUCCCUCCCUCCAUCCCUCCCUCCUUCCCUCUGCCUUGCUGAGUUCCCCUCUCAACCAUCUCUUCCUUUUGGUUCUCAUAGGGCAGCGCUCUUAUUCUAUUAGGUGACCAAACCCCUCUGCCCUACCCUGUAUUCUCCCCUGAUUCCCAGGGGCAGAAUGGGCCUUGUGGUCAGAGGACCAAGGCAUCUUCCUCUUUGAUUAGAAAGUCGGGUCCCAGAAGGCAACGGUCUCCAUUCGUGAGUACUGUCACCCUCGCUGCUCCCUCCCCACCAACCCCUGCCCAUAUGUGAUGUGGGCUUGACGGAUGUUGAGGACAGAUAGCUAGGUGGUCUUCCUUCUUCCCCAAAUCUUGUUAAAUCCCAACGGCAGCCACUGCCCCCUCUCCCCUCAUGCUGGGGCCCCUUCUCCCCAGUUGACACCCUUCCCCUCCAAACCCCCUAGAAGAAAGGUGGACUCACUGUUGAAAAUCGGAGGAAAAUUUUCAGGGGAGGCAAUGUUCCUCGGGUUGAGCUCGGCAUUGCCUAGCCCUUUGCGGUGCUGCCAGGUUCUGGGGGCUUGACUCCUUGACUCCCCCCGACACUUCCCCUCCUCCCACCUCUCCACAUUUCUCUCCACCCAGGGAGAUUUUCCUCCUGUCAGGGGGAAAGGACUCUUGGCCCCUCUGCGCCCUCAGUCCCCUCCAAGUUUAGGUUCUGUCUGCUGCCCCGAGGGAAGGAUAGGUAGGCGGGAGAGUCAGUGCUCCCAGAUGGAGGGCACCUUCAUCCGGGGCUGCAGGUGCUGGUUGGUGUUCAGGACCAGUCUCUCAGGCAGUCCUGGGAAAACCCUAGAUGGAUGCCUGGAGGUGAUGGGGAAGAGGCGGAUAAAAGAGGAAAUGAGUUUGGGGGACUCUGCCUCAGGCUUUGCCGCCCCUCAAGUUUCAGAGGGCCGAAAAAAGGAAUCGUGUGUGCAUACCCCCAGUGGCGUGCUCUUUCCCUGUCCCCUCCUCCCCCUCAUCCUGCUAAGGGAGGAGGAGGAGGGAGGAGUCAGCCGGUGUGGGGUGGAAGCACCAGCUUCUCCAUUUUUUUUCCUUCUCUUCCCUCUCGCGCCACUUCCGAGCUUGGGACCCCCUCUCUUGCAGGGGGAGAGGGAGCAGAGAGUUCCUGGCCUCUCAGGCGGAAGCCACCCUAUUCAUUCCCGCCAGCUCACCCGGAUUCUGCCCCUCGGCCCUAGUUUAGUCAUUUGCCAGCUGCCCCCCACUACCGAUUGUAACUCAUGUAGCCCUAACCAACCUUCUUUCCUUCU